AUGUAUACGGUAUUCCGGGCACAUUCACGUGACCGCACACAAAACCCUUAUAAAUAUGUUCAACAGUAUCUCCGAUCCCUUUGUAUUCAUAGUUUAGAUAGUUUUAACUAUGGUAAUGCCGAAUUCUCUAGUGAAAGACUUAUUGCCAUGGACCCCCACAAUCCGGAUUCCAUAUAUUUAUAUUGUCUUACAUUAUUUAAACAGGGUAAAUUCAAAUCUUGUUAUAGUAAAUUAAUUAAUAAUGGACAAUUUAUGGAUAUAAGUCUCGCUUGUGCUUACCUCUUUGGUCAAUGUUGUAUGAAAUUAAAGACUUAUAAAGAAGGAAUAUUUCAAUUAACUAAAGUUAGUGGGAUGUAUAAUGAAUCUGAAGUACUGACAAGUUAUCAGAAGUUUAAUUAUGAGUUCCAAAGAUCCAUGCAGCCCGAUACAUCACUGAUUUAUCAUUUACUUGGUGAUUUAUAUGGAGGUAUUAAUGAUAUAAAGAAUAGUGCAUUGAAUUAUAGUCAGGCCUUAAGAUUUAAUCAAUUUGAUUUUGAAGCAUUUCAACAGCUAUGUAAGUUGGGAGUCAAAGUCAGAGUCAAAUCCAUCUUUAAGUUACAACCUAAUUUGUCUACUACUACCAAUACUAAUAAUGAAGAAUCUAUGACAGAAUAUACUGAUCAUUUCACUAAUCCAUUUUCUAAUACUGAGACUCCUGUAAUUCAUCAAGAUGAUACAUUUGCCAAUCUUUCAACCCCUCGAAUUAAACCUACAGCUGUUCCUGAUGCUCCACUACGGAAAUCUAAUUUAAAUACAAGUUCUAAUUCAUUUGAGUUUACAAAACCUAUAUUCCCUAAUACAGAUGCAUUUGGAGGCAGUAGUAAUGAUAAGAAAUCUACGAAAAGAGAGAGCACAUAUUCACGUAUAACGUCUCGAUUGACUUCUUUGCCAGGCAGUGGCUCUAGUAGUACCAACAACAACAAUAGCAAUAACAAUAGCAAUAGCAAUAACAACACUAAUAGCAAUAAUAGCAAUAAUAUUAGUAAUAACAGCAAUUCCAAAGUGCUUGAAACUCCAGGCAAGAAGUCCAACGUUCGAUCCAAUUUGAAAAGAAAUACAUCCAGUUCGACCAUUGAGGUUAUUAAUAGCAAUGGAGGUGCAUCAUCAAGUAAUAAUCAAAUUAUCCUUAAUAAGGAGAUUGCCAAGAGUGAGAAAUAUUUGGCAGGACUAUAUAUUAUUUUUGCUAAAGCAUUUAAAUGUAUGAGCAAAUAUGAUUGUUAUAAGGGAAUAAGAUUACUUGAACUGUUAUCAGAAAAUGAAAAGGAAACUCCCUGGGUAUUGAGUAAAUUAGGGAGAUUAAAUUAUGAAAUAAUUAAUUAUAAACAAAGUGAAUAUUAUUUCAUUAAAUUAAGAAAAUUAGAUAGAACAAGAUUAGAAGAUAUGGAAUAUUAUUCGACAUUAUUAUGGCAUUUACAUCGAAAAGUUGAAUUAUCAUAUUUAGCUAAUGAACUAUAUGAUUUAGAUAAAGAAAGUGCUAUAACUUGGUGUACUAUAGGUAAUUUAUUUUCAUUAAUUCGUGAACCUGAUGAAGCCAUUAAAUGUUUUAAUAAAGCAAUUAAAAUUAAUGAAGAUUUUACUUAUGCUUAUACUUUAAAAGGUCAUGAAUAUUUUGGUAAUGAUAAUUAUGAAAUGGCAUUAGAAAAUUUCCGAAUUAGUUUAUUAAAGGAUAAUCGUCAUUAUAAUGCAUUAUAUGGUAUUGGAAUGGUAUAUAUUAAUUUAGGAGAUUAUCAAAAGGCUGAUUAUCAUUUUCGAAAGGCAGUAUCAAUUAAUCCAAUUAAUAUAAUAUUAAUUUGUUGUAUUGGAAUGGUAUUAGAGAAACAAAAUAAGAAAACUCUUGCUCUUAAACAAUAUGAAUUGGCUAAUAAAUUACAACCUUUAAAUCCAUUACCAAUUUUUAAAAAGGCUCAAUUAUUAUUCUCAAUGCAACAAUUCACUCCAGCUUUAAAAAGUUUUGAAAUCCUUAAGGAAUUAGCUCCUCAAGAGGCUAGUGUACAUUUCCUUUUAGGUCAACUAUAUAAUAUUCAAGGCGAUAAAUUUCAAGCUAUUCGAGAGUUUACUAUUGCCUUGAAUUUAGAUCCUAAGGGGAAUUAUUUGAUUCGCGAAGCUAUGGAAUCGUUAAAGGAGAAGUAG